AUGGAGGACAGAGGCCAAUUCGACUCCACCGCAAGCCUGCGCCACCUCUGGCGGGGGCUUAACCUCCCCGUACCCGCGCUCGCCUCCGCACAACUACCAAAUGCAAAUGCUCGUCUGCCAUCAUCAUUCAAGAUCGGGAUUCUAGCACAGUCGUCAAUCGCGCUGACCGCACUACUGGCAGCUUUGAUUCACUCGGUGCGAACCCGAUCCCCGAUUCCUCGGAUCACCGUCUCAGGAGCACAUGCUGUGGUGGAGUUUAAAUCCGAGCGACUGUACACGAUCAACGGCGAGGCUAGUCCCUCCUCCUGGGGCCCUAUAGGCGGCCUGCAUAAGACCGUAGAUGGAUAUGUUCGAGUUCAUGACGGCUUUCCGGUUCACCGAGACGGCACGAAAGCACUGCUCGGAUGUGGCUUCGCGGCGAGUAAAUCCGAGGUAGCGGCGAAGAUAGCUGGGUGGAAGUCCGUUGAGCUCGAAACAGCCGCGUUCGACGCAGGGAUCGUGAUCUCAGCGCUGAGAAGCUUCGACCAGUGGGACAUUCUUCCGCAGGCGAAAGCUGUGCGCGACUUCCCUAUUCAAAUCCAGAAGGUUGCUGAGGGGCCUGCUGGGCUGCACAGGCAUUUUUCCGGGAGUGCAGCUGAUAAAUGCUUACGUGGACUCAGGGUGGUGGAGAUGAGCCGCGUUAUUGCCACGCCUGUCGCUGGAAAGACUUUGGCUGCACACGGUGCGGAUGUGCUCUGGGUCAGCAGCCCGACGCUACCGGACCAACCGGGACUUGACCGGGAUUUUGGCCGUGGGAAAAGGACAAUACGGUUGAACAUCGACGCUGAAGAGGACAAAGAAAAGCUAUUCGAGCUAGUAGACACGGCCGAUGUAUUCCUCCAAGGAUUCAGGCCAGGGAGCCUCGCAUCUCGCGGCCUAUCAGCCAAGGAAUUAGCGACAAGAUGCCCUCAAGGCAUCAUUUGCGCGAACAUGUCCGCGUACGGGCCGGAGGGGCCAUGGCGACAGAACCGAGGAUUCGAUUCCCUGGUCCAGACGUGUUCUGGGAUGAACGUCUCCGAGGCCGAGCAUUAUGGCAAAGGUGAGCCCGCAAGGCCGACGCCGUGCCAGGCUCUGGACCAUGCUGGUGGGUAUUUCCUAGCGGCUGGAAUUAUGACGGCGCUCUAUCGGCAAGCCACAGAAGGUGGGUCUUAUGAAGUUAACGUUAGUCUCGCUGGGGUGAUGAAGUAUCUGAGGGGCCUCGGGCAGUACCUGGGCGACACUGAGUUCCAAUUCAAAGACUUCAAUGCUCCGCAGGAUAUACCGAAGGAGUUCCUAGAAGAGCGGGAGUCGGCAUUUGGGCUUAUGAAAUCAGUGAGCCAUUCUGCUGCUAUCGAGGGGGUUACAGUUGGCUGGGAGAUAAUGCCCAAGCCCCUGGGUGCUGACAAGGCUGAAUGGCUUUAUCGGUCAUAG